AUUUAUGACAGCUAAUAAGGCUUAGAGGAGCUGGAACAUUGCACAAUUGUGUGUGUGUGUGUGCAGUACAACAACAUAGAGGAGCACAUGUGCAUCCAAUUUGACAGUUUGAAGUUUUUAUUGUUUGGAGAAAACAUUAAAUGGGAUUAACGCUGUCACACUCCGUCAAACAGAAGGAUAAUGCCGAGCCUAGCUCCACACAUUUCCGUUCCACGGCCCUCCUACUCCCAGGCCAGGGAGAACCUGGUCAAAGCAAUCCCACCCAAGCUGCUCUGUCUGUUAGCCUGCGGAGGAAGAGACUGUCGCUAUGAAGGCCCGGACUGCUGGAAAUUAAACCAGCAAGUCAUUCGAGGCAUUUUCUCCUCAUGGGUGACGGAUGAUAUAAUUGCAAUGGCACGUCCGUCAAACCAUCUAAUCCAGAAGUACAACAUUAUAGAUCAAUUUAACAGGCUCAACAUCAAAUCUAUCAUCAACAUGCAGCUUCCUGGGGAGCACGCUCACUGUGGACCUCCUCUAGACCCCGACAGUGGUUUCACAUACUCUCCACAGACAUUCAUGGACAAUGACAUUUACUUCUACAACUUUGGGAUGCCGGACUACGGAGUGUCGUCUCUUGUUGGAAUCAUUGAUGGACUAAAAGUUCUGGAUUUUGCAGUAAAAGAAGGAAGAGUAGCAAUUCAUUGUCACGCAGGCCUGGGUAGAACAGGCGUCCUGAUUGCUUGUUACUUAAUCUACACCCUGCGCAUCAGCCCCAGCGAAGCCGUCCACUAUGUGCGCAUCAAACGGCCUCGAUCUAUUCAAACACGCACACAGAUAAACCAGGUCUUUGACUUUGCUCGGCUCCUCGGCACACAGCUGGUCCAGUAUCCAGACCUCAGCCUGCGGCAUGGAGCUCCUUUCACAUUGCAGCACUACCUCAACAGACAGGCGCUGCUGCUGCAUGGUCAGGAGGCACGCAAGCUACGGCACACACCCAAGGUGGUGUAUCUUUUGUGUGUGCGUCUCUCCUGCCUGGCACUGGGGCUCCCUCCUCCUCCUGAAGUCCAGGUAGAGCUGGAAAAGAGGUCAGGAAUCAAGACCCUUAGCAAGACAGUGAGAGACACCCUGGUGUCCAGACAGCAUUUACCCUUGUUGAAUGAAGGCUGUAAGAGCUCACGGGGGGCAUCAGGGUCAGUGUCCUCCUGGGAUGAACCCCAGGUAUACUUGGAGAGAAAGCACGAGGUGCUGCUGGACAAGCGCAGCUACAGUGAUUCCGAUCUCAGCAAAAUGACAGACCUGGAGCUGAGUCCAUAUGGCGCUGCAGCUCUUGGAAAUGAGAAACACUGGUGUGUGGAGGACCUGAUCCAAACUGACAGGAGAUCAGUCAGUCCGGUUCUUGGCAUGCUUUCAGGAGGGCAUCCGGCUGCAAAAAAGCAAACACAUAACCCUACAAUGUCCAACAUGAUGCCAAACAACAACGAGGCAAAGAGGAGAGCGAGUGCGAGCAAAAAUGCACUUCCGAAAUACAGCUCCAGCUUGGAGUUGUACAGGAAUGCACAUAAUCCUGGCCCCACCACCAUGGCCCGUCCUGUUGCCAAGGCGAUGGCAGAACAAGGACCACCAGGACAGAAUAUUCUGCAGAGGUCCGCUCUGCUGCAGGAGGAGCUGAACAGCAGUGACUGUGGCUGGGCUCUGUUGGUCACUGAGACAGACAUUCACGUCCUCUGCUGUCUCUUGUGGACGUGGCUGGAGAAGUUAAAAGACCCAGUACUGAGCCCUGAGGAUAUACAAAAGCUAAAAGUGGAAGAAAGCAACAGGAAACCUCUGAAUGUGCUCAGAAAAUCACAAAGACACACCAUCUACUGUCUGCUGAGCUGUGUGAGUUCAGUGACCAGCUUGCGUCCACACAGAGAGGAUGCUGUGCUCCAGCGGCUGAUGUCUGCUCUCACACGGCGCCCUCAAGAGGAAAUGGGAACCCUUGCCCAACUGAUGAAAGUCCUAAAGGCCAGUUUGAGAGAAACCUUCCACAACUAUAGACACCUCACAAGAGCCUGCAGCACCAUCAAUACUCUUUGAAGAGCAGUCCAAUCAAACAAAUUAGAAAGGCAAAACAUUUUUGUAUUAGCUGUACUUUGGUUUGGACAACAUGCAGGAGAUGCAAUGGAAAUGCUUAAUAAUAAAUUAUUCUGGCAUUAUCGUAAAAGGUUUUGACAUUUUAGGACAUUUUAUUUUGCUGCUUCUGUGCUGAUUUAUGUAUUGUCCUUUUAUAUCACACUCAUAAUUGAAUGAAAACAUUAAAUAUAGCAACAACAAUAUUUAUUACAAUGAUGCAGAUUCAAGUGGAAAAGGACUGAAGCUACUGUUUACAAAAUGGAGGAAAAGACUGUUUCACAAUACUGACAAAACAUUUAUGUAACUUUUUUUAACAAAAUAUUCUACAUUUGAGACAGUAAAUGUCUGCUGUAAGCCUCAGAGGCAAGAGUAUUUUAUUUUAUUGUAAAAUCAUAGUUCAUAGACUCUACGGUUAUUAUAUGAAACUCUAGUUAAAACCACUGCAAUUAAGAGUGGGGGAAAAUAUCAGUUCUGGGAUUAAAAGUUCAUACUUAUUAGAAGUAACUUUGGAAUUUGGAUGUUUUGAUCAGUUAGAGCUUGGAAGAAAACCAAAAUAAAUACAAAGAAAAAAUCCUGAUAUCUAAUCUUUUUUUUCCACAAAUGGCAGUGUCUGGAUAUAGAAAAUAAAUUGCCAAAGGCAGUAUAAAACAUG